AUGACCGAUAACAGUAAGGAAGAUCCACCUGUUUUUGACAAAAACAGUAAGGUAAGCAUUAAUGAUGGAAGUACCAAUGGUGAAGAACAUCCACCGCAAAAGCCACAAAAACGUCAGUCUGUACUGUCCAAGGCCAUCAGCGAGCACAGAGAAGAUGCGGAGGAAGAAACAGCAGAACUGUUACCCCCAUCAAAGGGCUUAACAACUGCUGAAGCAGAGGAGCUCUUGCAAAAAUACGGACGCAAUGAACUGCCAGAAAAAAAGACUCCUGGUUGGCUUAUAUUUGUACGAAACUUGUGGGGACCUAUGCCUUUUGCACUGUGGGUCGCCAUUAUCAUUGAAUUCGCAUUGGAAAACUGGCCUGAUGGCGCUAUUCUACUUGCCAUUCAGAUCGCCAAUGCCACCAUUGGAUGGUAUGAAACGAUUAAGGCUGGUGACGCCGUAGCGGCACUGAAGAAUUCUCUGAAACCUGUGGCAACCGCCUUCCGUGAUGGUUCAUGGCAGCAAAUCGAUGCUGCGCUUCUGGUUCCUGGUGAUCUUGUAAAGCUUGCGUCCGGUUCUGCAGUUCCUGCUGAUUGCAGCAUCAAUGAGGGUGUGAUUGAUGUUGAUGAGGCAGCACUGACCGGUGAGUCACUGCCCGUGACGAUGGGACCAGACCACAUGCCGAAGAUGGGCUCAAAUGUUGUGCGUGGUGAAGUGGACGGCACAGUACAAUUUACAGGUCAGAGCACUUUCUUCGGUAAGACUGCCGUACUUCUGCAAUCAGUGGAGUCUGACCUUGGCAAUAUUCACGUCAUUCUUGCACGUGUGAUGGUGGUGUUGACUAGUUUUUCGUUUGUAUUGUGUCUUAUUUGCUUCAUCUAUUUGUUAGCAAAAUUUUACGAGACUUUCCGCCGAUCACUUCAGUUUUCUGUCGUUGUCCUUGUUGUGUCCAUUCCCAUUGCGCUGGAAAUUGUCGUUACCACGACUCUUGCUGUUGGCUCGAAGAAGCUGUCGAAGCACAAGAUCAUCGUAACAAAGCUGACAGCUAUCGAGAUGAUGUCUGGCGUAAAUAUGUUGUGCUCAGACAAGACAGGAACUCUGACACUCAACAAGAUGGAGAUUCAAGAUCAGUGUUUCACGUUUGAAGAGGGCUACGACCUACGUUCUAUACUCGUAUUGGCAGCACUUGCCGCAAAGUGGCGUGAACCGCCACGUGAUGCCUUGGAUACCAUGGUACUUGGAGCUGCAGACCUUGACGAGUGCGAUAACUACACGCAGACCGAGUUUGUUCCCUUCGAUCCGACGACCAAGCGCACAGCGGCUACUCUGAUCGAUAAUCGAACUGGUGAGAAGUUCAGCGUCACGAAGGGUGCACCGCAUGUGAUCAUUCAACUUGUGUAUAACCAGGAUGACAUCAAUGAUGAGGUGGUCGACAUUAUUGACAGCCUUGCCUCGCGUGGUAUUCGAUGUCUUUCUGUGGCAAAGACGGAUUCACAGGGUCGCUGGCACCUGUGCGGUAUCUUGACCUUUUUGGAUCCCCCACGCCCUGAUACGAAGGACACGAUUCGUCGCAGCAAGGAAUAUGGUGUGGACGUUAAGAUGAUCACGGGUGACCACGUGUUGAUUGCAAAAGAAAUGUGCCGCAUGCUGAACCUUGACCCAAAUAUCUUGACAGCUGACAAGCUUCCCAAGGUUGAUGUGAAUGAUCUGCCUGACGAUCUUGGUGAGAAGUACGGUGAUAUGAUGCUCGGUGUUGGUGGUUUCGCGCAAGUCUUCCCUGAACACAAAUUCAUGAUUGUUGAAACUCUUCGCCAACGUGGUUUUACCUGUGCCAUGACAGGCGACGGUGUAAAUGACGCGCCUGCGCUAAAGCGUGCAGACGUUGGCGUUGCUGUGCAGGGUGCUACGGAUGCUGCGCGUGCUGCUGCUGACAUGGUAUUGACUGGACCUGGUCUGAGUGUUGUUGUUGAGGCCAUGCUUGUUUCCCGUCAAGUGUUUCAGCGUAUGCUGUCCUUCUUGACAUACCGUAUAUCUGCAACACUACAACUGGUGUGUUUCUUCUUCAUUGCUUGCUUCUCAUUGACGCCCCGAGACUAUGGCAGUGUGGAUCCUGAUUUCCAGUUCUUCCAUUUACCUGUGCUAAUGUUUAUGCUCAUCACACUUUUGAAUGAUGGUUGUCUUAUGACGAUUGGUUACGAUCGAGUGGUGGCAUCUAAGCUUCCUCAACGGUGGAAUCUCCCUGUGGUAUUCACAAGCGCUAUUAUUCUUGCAGCUGUUGCCUGUGCCUCAUCUCUGAUGCUUCUUUGGGUGGCACUUCAAGCUUAUAGUGUAGAGACAUACCCUAACUCUUGGUUCCACGGUCUUGGUCUCGCGCAACUGCCGCAGGGUAAGGUUGUGACAUUGCUGUAUCUGAAGAUUUCGAUUUCCGAUUUCCUGACACUGUUCUCUUCGCGUACUGGAGGUCAAUUUUUCUUCAGAAUGGCUCCAGGCCUUAUAUUGUUCAUUGGUGCUAUUAUCUCUCUGUUUGUUUCCUCAAUGGUGGCUUCCUUCUGGCGUAAGUCUAGUCCUGAUGGAUUGCUGACAGAGGGUCUUGCCUGGGGCGAGAAGAGAAGCGAAAAACUUCUACCACUAUGGGUAUGGAUCUACUGUAUUGUUUGGUGGUUUAUUCAGGACGCUGUGAAGGUACUUGCACAUAUAUUUAUGGAGUGGGUUGAUCUCUUUGGAUGUGUCUCGAAGGCGUACGGAGGAAAGGUUAUUGAACAAUAUGCUGAACGUAUUCAGGAGCCUGUCGAUGAAGAUGCACCCCGUUCUCCAGAGGAUGAUGCUCCUAUUGUUCGUGAAACAAGCCCUGUUGAUGUAAGCACUCCGUAUUCCGCAAGAAAGGAAGACUGA